AAAUGACCCGUCCCCACCCUAGUCAUUCAUCAUGAUUUUCAAUCGAGGGAAUUGCAGUGAUCACAGUGGGGUUUGGAAAUAGAAAUUGUGAACCAGACGAAGUGAUGUUAUGUGAACGAGAGGACGAACAUGUGCGUUCGUAUGGAUUUCGUUUUUCGUCGUUGUGUGCGACUUCCGAGUUUACAUUUUGAUAGUGAUAUUUAGGAAAAAAUAAACAGAAAAUGUCAAAUUUUCACAACAAUAACAGUGUUACCGGUGUCAUUAAAUAUUCUAGGGAAGCGACUAUAUUAGCUGCUUGCUGUGCAAUUAUUUUUUGCAUUGUUGGUGUUAUUGGGAAUUUGGUGACAGUGAUAGCCUUAAUAAGAUGUCCGAAAUUAAGGAUACAUGCCACUACAGCGUUCGUUCUCUCCCUGUGCAUAUCUGACCUAAUAUUCUGCUUAGUAAAUUUGCCGCUAACCGCGGCAAGGUAUAUUUACGAAUCAUGGGUAUUUGGAGACGGUCUCUGCAAACUAUUUCCGGUACUGUUUUAUGGAAAUGUUGCCGUUUCCGUUCUGAAUAUGGUGGCGAUCACGUUAAAUAGAUAUGUCCUUAUAUCCUGUCAACAGUACUAUAACCGAUUGUAUUCCAAAGUUUCUAUAUGGGUCCAGUUAGUUUUUAUUUGGGGUAUAGCAUUUCUUUUAAUGAUGCCCCCCUUAGUAGGAAUCUGGGGACAAUUGGGACUGAAUCCGUCCACAUUUUCCUGUACGAUACUACCAAAAGAUGGAAAAUCUCCGAAGAAAGUUAUAUUUUUAAUAGGUUUUAUCCUUCCUUGUGUAGUAAUAAUAUUGGCGUAUUCAUGUAUAUAUUACAGUGUCAGAAAGUCAAGAAAAAAAUUAAAAUCUCAUCGGCCCAUUACGGAAAAGAAGAGUACUCGAAGAGAACGGGACGACAGCCGACUGACGAAACUCAUGGCCUUGAUUUUCGUCUGCUUCCUUAUAUCGUUCUUGCCAUUGAUGUUAGUUAACGUCCUUGACGAUAUUGAUAUUAGAUAUCCUACUCUGCACGUCUUAGCAUCCAUAGCAACUUGGGCUUCCAGUGUUAUCAAUCCAUUUAUAUACGCUGCUAGCAACAGACAGUACCGUUCAGCAUACUCCAAGUUAUUUAGGAUAGUUAAGUCUAGCGUAGCUUUUUCUGAUUCUAAGCAUUCGAAUAACUUGAAACAAGAUAAAAAUUCAGUUACCUACAAGCCUAGUGGUAGCGUCACACAUUCCUGAAUUGUAUAUAAAAACUUGAGACUGAUAUUUCGAAAAACGUAACCAAAGAAUAUAUCGACCAAACAAAAAUGUCAAAAACUCGUAGAAUUAUACUAGCUUAAUUGAAAAUAGGUACAUUUAACACAAUCCUUUUGUCGAAUGAUAAUUAAUUAUGUUGUUAAUUUAGCCGUAGUUUAUCGCUGAGAAUUAAAAAUAUUCAAAUAAUGAGAUUUGAAAAGUUUUUAACAUCUAUAGAGUCAUAUUCUGACGAGUACUAAAUAAUUAGUUGGCAUUCUGCCAUUAUUUGGUGUGAUAUAAACCAAAACCUAUUACACAUUAAUCUGUGUUUUAGGUUUUCAUAAACUUCUACUCUACAGGCUUCUCAAAUCAGUUCAUAUAUUGGCUGUAAUCAUGGUCUUUGUAUUAUUUAAGGUUUCUAGGCUCUAUUUUUUUACACUCUUAUAAGCACAGCUAUAAACAAAACCCUUUGAUACUUUGUAUAUUAUUUUUUCUUUUCAUAUUUUAUCUUCCGAUUUAUGUCACUCAAAGGGAGGGGGUGAUUCCCGUCUUAAUAUUACAUUUCGCAUUUCCCACUAUACUCAUUCAUUUUUUCGGUCUUGUUUAGCUUUUCCUGUUAUUUUAAUCCUAACUCUUUCAGGUCUUGCAUUAGAUUAUUGAACCGUUUUUUUUCUUGGUCGACUUUUGGACCUUAACUGUCAAAUAUGAACUAACAAAUUGCUCUUUAUCUUGAGCUGUUCUUAAUAAUGAAUGGGUGUCGACGCCUCCAGUCUCUUACAUUAUUUUGUCACAAGUAUUUUCUUCUUCCUGGACUUAUUUUCUCUCCACUUUCCCUUCCAUGAGUUGUAAGAAGUUGUAUAUUUUUCUGCUCUGUAAAUAAAUGUCCUAGAAAACUCGUUUUUCUGUUUUUUAUAAUGUUUAGGAGUUCUCUCUCAAUCCCCAUGCUUCUUAGCAACUCAUUCUUGGUCACCUGCUCUGUCCAAGAGAUCUUCAGCAUGCUUCGAAAAAUUCACAUCUCGAUGGCUUCUUUCCGCCUCAUACUUAUAAUUCCAAGAGUACAUGUUUCCACUCCGUAUAACAGUAUGGAAUAAAUGAUACCUUUACAAGUCGAUAUCGGAUAUCUAAUGAUAAGGUACAGUUUAUUAAGAAUUUCAUUCUUUGGAUUCGCAUAUUCUAUAGGAGCUCGUAUUUUGUGCUCGUGGUAAAGAUCGUUUGUUAUCCAGCAACCAAGAUAUUGGAAUCUUUGUAUGGAUUCUAUCUGUUCGUUAUAGAUACGAACAUUAAACUCGGCUCUUGGUAUAGUGUAACAGCUACUACUUUUGUUUUAUUUGUGUUUAUUUUCAGCCAUGAAAUAUCUCAUUCCCUGGUUAUGAUAUUCAAAAGUCGUUGACAGUCCUCAGCAGUGUCCACAAUAAUGACGGUGUCGUCUGCGUAUCUUAAGUUGUUUACGUAUUCUCCGUUGAUUUUUAUUUCUUCUUCAACAUUUUAGAGGGCAUUUUGAAAAAUAUUUUUGGAAUAUACAGGUUGUUUCAUUAACAAUUGUAUAUAUCGUAACUGGAGAAACCUUAGCACAAAAUACGAAGAUUUAACCCAAAACACUUAAAUAAAAUAUUCCUCCUUGUCGAGAUAUAGAGUGUUUUAUUACAAAAAUAUUCUAAAAUGAUUUUAGCCCAUUGUUCAAGCACCUUUUAAUAUUUUUUGUUCAAACUUGACACAUAGUUUACACAUGUUAGGUUACUUUAAUUAGUCUUAAAAAAUAGUUUUCCGCUGUUACCAGAGGCGUGCUAUAGGGAUAUAUACUUUAUUUUCGCCCCUUUCCCCCUCACAAUCUACGCCACUGUCGUUAUAAUCAUUUCAGCAUGUUUUUUUGAUUCCUUGUUACGUUUUACAUAAAUAUCAUCUUUUUGUCUCAUUGCGAUAAAGUAAGUAGUUUUCAAGUUAUUUGCGCUUAAAGAUAAUGGAUUCCAUAAGAGUGUGUACCUACUUUAAACUACAUUCAGUAAGAUUGUGUUUAAAAUCAUAAUCUUAUUGAAUCCAUUACAUUAAAAAGCAAAUAAAUUGAAAACUACUUACUCUAUCGCAUUGAGACACAGGAUGAUAUUUACGUAAAAAGUAACGAAGGAUAAAAAAAAACAUGCUGAAAUGAUUAUUACGACAGUGGCGUAGAUUGUAAGGGGGGAAAAGGGGCGAAAAGGAAGUAUAUAUCCCUACAGCACGUCUCGUAACAGCGGAAAACUAUCUUUUAAGACUAGCUAUAACAAAAAAUAUUAAAAGGUGCUUUAACCAUGGGCUAAAAUCAUUUUAGAACAUUUAUAAUAAAACACUCUGUAUCUCGGUAAGGAAGAAUAUUUUAUUUAAGUGUUUUGGGUUAAAUCUUCAUAUUUUGUGCUAAGCUUUCUCCAGUUACGAUAUGGACAAUUGUUAAUGAAACACCCUGUAUAUGCCAUUUGAUCCCAAUACAGGUUUUUAAUUCGAGCCACAGUGUUAUGGUCUAUAUUAUGUUGAAUUAGCGUUUUUAUGAGUUCUGUAUGUUUGACUCAAUCAAACGCUUUUUUUUGUAGUCGUAAAACAGAUAAACACAUCGUUUCGCUGAACUUGGCAUUUUUGUAAUAAUAUCUAGAGUAGAGGCCAAAUAAAGCCUCCCUCGUACCAAGUCCCAUACAAAAUUCAAAUUGAUUGUCGCUCAGGUUUCUCUCGCAUUCUCUGUAUAUACGUUGAUGAACAACUCUGAGUAGAAUUUUCAUUCUACUGCUCAUUAGACAUCUGAACUGUGAGCAUCUAUUUGCUCUAUUUUUCUUGUAUGGGUAUAAAUAUCGAUAGAAACCAGUCUUCUGGAAGAUUCCAAUGGUAUAUAUUUUGUUCAGUAAUAGAGUUAAUAUUAGUAGUGUCUGAAGAUUUUCUUCAUUGAUUUUAUCAUCUGUACAUAUAGAUCGUCUGGACCUGAAGUGUUUCGUGGCUUUGCUGUAUUGACUGAUUGCUGUUGUAAUUUAUGAUGUUAAUUUAUUAAGUAUUGUUUCGCUGUUUUCGCGGGUCUAGGACGUUUCAUCGCCGCCGUUUCGAUGCCGCCAGUUCGAUGUCGAUGCCGGCCGAUUCAUCGCCAGUCAAUUAAUCGCUAUCUGAUAUAUUUCCGAAUUUUCGACAGUUACAAUUAUUAGUUAUUUUUAGUAUUAAUUAGGAAUUAUAGGAAAUGCGAGAUAUGACGGCGAUGAAAUGGACUGGCGAUGAACCGGCGGCAUCGAAACGGCCGGCGAUGAACCGGCGGCAUCGAAACGUCACAUUCCGGUUUUCGCAAAGAGAUCUUGGAUGCAUUUUUCCUAAAUGCUUCCUACAUUUUCUGGGCUAGGUAUUACUUGAUUGUUAUCAUCUACUAGAUUUGUUGUAUAGUAUUUUUUCUUCAUACACUCAGCGGCACAAAAUUCCGCCACCCAAAAUUUUUGAUUAAGUUCGACAUUCUAUAACUUUGUUAUUUCUCUGAUGUUUGGCAAAAAGGGCUUAAGUCAGAAUUGCACAUCGAAAAUGUUUUAAUGAUUUCUGGAGCAGAGAAAACUGUUGUAGACUUAUACUCAGUUUUAUAAUCAGUUAAAGUGGACUUUAAAUUUUAAGUUGGUACCUUUAUCAAUGCAAUUCAUUAAAUGUCAACUUUAAAGUGAACUUUAGUUAAUGUUCACUUUAAGUUGAUUAUGAAACCGGGCGUUAAACUGUAUGUACCGAUAAAAAUGAUUUUUCUGGUCCAGAAAUCAUCAAAAUAUUAUCGAUGUGCAAUUCUGACUUAAGCCCUUUUUCCCAAACAUCAGAGAUUUGUACUCCGAUUUUCAAGAUUUUUACAUCAGUUUGUAGGUACAUGUAUUGAUGUAGUUUGUUAUUAUUACGGUUACAAAAAUUGUUUGCUUACAUGACAUUAUACGGGAGUGAAUGGAAGCGUUGUUUUUUCUCCUAAUUUUAAAAAAUUCUGUGGAAAAAUUGGAGGGCUGAUUUUGUUUCAUACUCCUUUUGUAUUAUGCUGAAGGUAUUACUAAGGUUUUGUUUUUUGAAUUAUCCAACCAUCUCUCUUCUUGUAAGAGCUGUAAUGAAAACACUGCUUUGAAGGUUUAUUUAAUUAAAAAUAUCAAACGCACUAAAAUUAACAAAACAAAACAAAAUGAACAACAAAACAAAACAUUUCAACAUCGAAUAAAUGUGUUAUCCUUGCCUGGGGAAUAGCCCGAUGUUCCUCUACCAGGGCCAUAACGGUACCAAAUUUUCUGGAGGCCUAGGAUGACGGUAAAUAUCUUUUUUUAAUUCAUCCCAUAAAUGCUCAAUAGGAUUGAGAUCUGGGUGCAUGCGGGCCAUUCUAAUCUUAUCAAUCUAACCUCUAUUUUAUGAGUCAAUCAGUGUUUUUAUUUACAAAAAAUUGUACAGCUCUUACAAGAAAAGAGAUAUUCGGAUAAUUCAAAAAACAAAAUUUUAGUGAUGUCUCCGGGAUAAUACGACAGGACCAUGAAACCAAAUCGGCUAUUCCAUUUUUCCAGGGAAUUUUUUAAAGUUAGGAGAAAAUACAACGCUUUCAUUAAACCCUGUGUAAUGCCAUGCAAGCAAAAAAUUUUUGUUACCGGAGUAAUAACAAAUGAUAUCAAUACAUGUACCUACAAACUGGUGCAAGAAUCUUGAAAAUCGGAACACAAAUAAUAUAGUUAUAAAUUGUCAAACUUAAUCAAAAAUUUUGGGUGGCGGAAUUUUGUGAUGGUGAGUGUAUUUGUGUAUCUUUUUGCAUGCAUUAAAGUGGUCAUGUUUUCUUAGUAAAUGCCUCAGUUACCCACGUUCUACUGUUCAUCCAUUCUUCUUUCGCUUUGUCUAUUCUUUAUGUGUAUUUCGUAUAUUGUCUUAGUUUUUCUGUUUGAAUGGUUGUGAUUGUUGUUUUGAAAAUAUGCCAAAUAGUUUCAACUGUCCCUUCUGCUUCCGUAGAUUUUCUUCUUCUAAUGGCGCUGCAACCCUUGGCUUGCUUAACAAUGUUCUUCCAGUCUGCCCUGCCGAUACUUUCCUUGACCACUGUCUGAUGGUCAUGGUUUUAAGAUCUCCCUCUACAUCGUCUAUCCAUCGUUUACGGGGCCCUCAUUUUGUUUUAUUUCCUUGGAGCUUCCAUGUCUGGAUUACUUUUACAGCUCGGUAUCCGUAGAUAUUUCACUGAAUUGAAUUUUUCUUUGAGAGUAUUAUUGACUAUUUUCUCUAUAUUUGCUUGUACUUCUGGAUGUUGAAGUUUCUCGAGAUUAGAUUUUAUCUUCUCUUUGUGUUUGAUUUUCUUCAGUUUAAUGAAGAUUUUACCGACAACAGGAUUGUAAUCAAAUGUCAGACCCGGAAUAUGUUUUAACCCUACUAUUCUCUUCCAUUUUCUUCCAUUUCCAUAAUGCUUGUCAACUAGUAUAUAAUCAAUCUGGAUUAUUAUUAAGUUUAAGUUGUUUUGAUUAUCUUCAGGUGCUUUCCAUUUUUGGUAGUAAGUUUUCAUGGUAAGUUUUCAUAUUUUUUGGGCAAUUAUUGGGUUUUCUUCUUGGCAAAUUUGAAGCAGUAAUUCUCCUUUAUCAUUCUUUGGGCAGUAAAAUCUGCCAUAAUAAUGUUUUGUUUGGAAAAAAUAUCCACAUGAGAUUUUUUUGCAUAAUCACAUUCGCGAGACAUCCCAGAAUAAGGUUCAAGAAGUCGCGCACGCGAAAAGUGGUCCAAAUUUUUUUUAAAACUUUUUUAACCAAAUUGCAAAAAUCAAUAUUUUCGGUCCGGACAAUUUUUGAAGUUAUACUUCUUUAGGCGCGAUUGAGAGUAAAAUCUCAUAAUACUGCGCGCAUGCGCACACAGACAAGAUGGCGUUUAGUUGCUGAAUCUUUCAAGUUAUGUAUAAAUAUAUCAGUGCAAGAAAAGGUGUGAAAAUAAUAUGUUAGUGUUUUUAGUAAAUUAAUUUAUUAUUCAGUAUAAUUUUUAUGUCUUUGGCUUUGUCUUCCUCGGGAAUAAGAUAUUUUAUAAUAAUAAUAAGUAUAUUUAAAGUAUUUUUGUAUUAAAUUUGUCAGUAUGUAUGAGAAAUCUUGUAACCUGUCAAAGCAAAAGGGAUAUAGCUCAGUGGUAGAGCGUAUGACCGGAGAUAAAGAGGUCCCGGGUUCAAAUCCCGGACGAUUUAUAUUUUUUUUAUAUUUUUGGUAUCGUUUUAAUAAAAAAAAUUUAAAAGUGGUAGGUAAAGAAAGUUAGUUUAAUAUUUAAAUAAAAUACAAAUAACCUGUUAAGUAUAUUAAUUUCGUUGAAAUCAUAAUAAUAGAAGUGUAACUUCUUGCGUGCGUACAAUGUACACACAUUCUUUUUUUAGGUUUUUGGGACCAUUCUGGACAAAAAAGGUCUCUUAUAAUUUUUUUCUAAAGUUGAUCGUUUUCGAGUUUAAGCAAUUUAAAAUUAAAAAAAAAACGAAAAAUGGCGAUUUUCAAGGCUUAAUAACUCGGUUAAAAGUUAUUAUUAUGAAAGUCAGAAAGUGACUAAAUCAAAGUUUAAAGCCCCCCCCCCCUACAAGAUCCUGAAGAAAUUUUUGUCAUUAUUUUAUUACUAAGCUGUUAUUUUUAAGUAAUAAUAAUGAGCGCCAUGUACGUAUUAGGCGACCGUCAAUGGUGAGUGCGAAGGAGAUGCCAUUCCAGCAGUUCAUCUUACUCGCACUCACAUUUAGAGCCGUCAAUACGAUCUUACCGCUCAUUAAUAAUUAAAAAUAACAGCUUAGUAAUAAAUUAAUGACACAAAUUUCUUCAGGAUCAUGUAGGGGGGGCUUCAGUGGCGGAUUCAGGGGAGGGCGAUGGGGGCGAUCGGCUCCCCCUCUCAAACCAAGUCAUAUAUAAAGAUUACAAAAACAUUCAUUUAUUUUUCAUAGAGGGCUUUAAACUUUGAUUUAGUCACUGUCUGACUGUCAUAAUAAUAAGUUUUAACCGAGUUAUUAAGUCUUAAAAAUGGUCAUUUUCGCGUUUUUCAAAUUUUAAAUUGCUUAUUAUAACUCGAAAACGAUCGACUUUAGAGAAAAAUCAGGAAAGACCUUUUUUGUCCAGAAUGGUAAUAAAAACUUAUGAAAAAUUAUCCGGGCAAAAAAGAUUGAUUUUUGCAAUUUGUUUAAAAAAAAUUGUUUAAAAAAUUUGGACCACUUUUCGCGUGGGCGACUUCUUGAACCUUAUUCUGGGGUAUCUCACGAAUGUGAUUAUGCAAAAAAAUCUCAUGGGAAUAUUUUUUCCAACGAACCCGCCGUUUUCGCCUUGUCUAAUUGAUAAAUAAUUAUAUUUCUCAUACUAAAUGUACAAUGUAAGCUAAUUUCAGAAGGUAUAUGUUAUAGAGGGAACACCUUUCCUGGCAUGUGGAACACAACUUUCUCAUCAUGCUGGAAUUUAUUCUCUACAUUUUUCAAAUUACACCUAUACUUUUAAAGAUAUUGUAAAUUAUAUUUUUUCAAAUGUUUAUUGUUAGAUUGAAUAUUGUGUAAGAUAUAUAGGCCCCAAUUGAAAAGAUUUUGACAACGUAGACCAAAGAUAUGUUAGAUAGUAUUACAUAAUGUUAAGCGUCCAUCCUUGUAUAAGUAAACUGAAAAUUAUAUUUUUUAAAUAUAUAAAUAUAAUAUGCAGUUUUAACUAGUUCUAAAUACAGAUCUCUAGGUUGUAGGAAAACUAGUUUACCUUUUUUAUUGUUUAAAGAAUUGACGAUUUAAAAUUACUAAUGAUCCUUUCUGUUAAUAUAUCUUUUUCUAAACUCCAUAUGAAAGUGAGAAUAUGAAGAAUCUUAGAUUUUCUUAUUUGCUCAAAUCAAUUCAGGAUAUGUGUUUCUGAGAAAUUCACCUUUAUUUCUACAUCAAGAGAUUGAAAACAGUUUUCAAGGUUUGACAAAACUUUUGUAUAGUUUCAAAUAUUUAAUUUAAUAAAUAUAUAUUUUGCUAUAUGCACAUAAUCAUCCAAGACCUGAAUCUUUCUUCAGUCCGUAACCAAACAGCUUAUUUCCUAAGUCAAGGUUAGCAGUAUGUAUUAUAAAAUGUUAAGUUCCAGAACCAUACCAGCUAAAAAGUGUAAAAUAUCUUGUAAAGAUCUGAUAGGAUGAAAUAGAGCACUUCGUGUGACAUAAUUGUCCAUUAUCAGUAUCACAAAUCUUUCUUCACUUUUAACUAUACUCAAAUCACAAUAAAGAUUCACUAGGAAUAACAAACCAAGACACGUUGAAUGUUACGGGGAGCACUCCCGAAUCAUGAUUUACAAUGUAUAAACUUUGUAAAUCAUUAUUUGGGAUUUACAAUGUAUAUGAUUUGGGAUAUACAAUGUAUAUACAUUGUAUAUACAUUAUAAAUCAUGAUUUGGGAGUGCUCCUUGUAAUAAUCAACGUAUCUUGGUUUGUUUAUCUCUAGUGCAUCUUUAUUGUGAUUUUAGUAUAAUAUGUUUUCACUUUCUUACAGUAUUUCCCUGUAAGUUGUAUCCAUAUGGAAAACUUUUUUAUUAUUAAUUUCACGAAAAAAGUUAUUCUUUAUAAAAAGCGCUGCAUGGUCCAAAACCUGAGAUUGAACCAUCAACUAUUAAAUUUUUUGAAUAUUAUACGAGGUAUGUCACAAAGUUUGAAUUUCGCUCAAGAGUAAAGUAGCUUUAUUUUUCGUAAUAUUGGAAAUUGCUAUUAUGAAAAGUUGUUUGUAAUUAAAAACUAUAUUCUAAUAUGCAAUUACGUCUUUCUAAUCGAAAAAAUUUUUUUUUUUUUUGAAAAAUUAUGGAUGAUUAUCAUUAUUUUUUCAGUUAUUUCAAUUCUGAUAACUGUUUUAUUAAUAAUUUUACGAAAAAAAAGUGAUCUUUAAUAAAAAGUUCUGGAUGGUCUAAAACUUAAAAUACAAUCAUCUUAUAUCAAACUUUAUCAAUUUUAUACGAGGUAUGUCAAAAAAAUAAAUUUAGAUCAAAAGUAAAGUACCUUUAUAGUUCAGAAUAUUUUAAUUAGAAGGAUGUAAUUACAUACUGAAACAUAGUUUUUAAUUCUAAAUAACUUUUCAUAAUAACAAUUUUCGAUAUUGUGAAAAAUGAAUGUAUUUUACACUUGAGCGAAAUUCAUAUUUUUUGACAUAACUCGUAUAAAAUUGAUAAAAUUUGACAUAAGAUGGUUGUAUUUUAGAUUUUAGACCAUGCAGAACUUUUUAUUAAGAAUCACUUUUUUCGUAAAAUUAAUAAUAAAAGAGUUAUCUGAAUUAAAAUAACUGAAAAUAAUGUUAGUUAUCCAUAAUUUUUCAAUAAAAAUUUUCAAUUAGAAGGAUGUAAUUGCAUACUAGAAUACAGCUUUUAAUUCCAAACAACUUUUCAUAAUAGCAAUUUUCAAUAUUGUGAAAAAUAAAGCUGCUUUACUCUUGAGUGAAAUUCAAACUUUUUGACAUACCUCGUAUAAUAUUCAAAAAAAUUUAUAUUUCAUGGUUAAAUCUUAGGUUUUGGACCCUGCAGAGCCUUUUAUAAAGAAUAACUUUUUUUCGUAAAAUUAAUAAUAAAAAAGUUUUCCAUAUGGAUACAACUUACAGGGACAUACUGUAUAUCGCACUUUAUAUCUAACAGUGUCAGAACUCAAAAAAAAUAAUAAAAACGGUUUUAUUGCACCAACAAAAACAGUUUAUUUAAACUACAAAAUCCUAUCUCAAAAAGUGUUACGUCUAUGGUUCAAGUAUUUGUCGUUAGAUGACACUAGCGUCAUUAUAUGUUCAACCAAAAUAAACGAUACGCCUAACAUAAAUAAUAUCACAUAUCGGCUUUCGCAAGGCAGUUGAUCAUCUAAGAUCUGUAUAAAGUGUUGUUUAUCGAGUUAAGACAGUAUAUGCGAUUGCUUUAUUCAAAACAAUCUGCGAAUGUGCCCAAGAAAAGUAACUCCUUUAUUUUUCUUUUUGCAGUAUUUUUUAUUUAAUUUUGUUACUUAUAUAUUAUAAAUCAUUAAAAUUUAGUUAGAUUGUUAGAUCAUUAAAAAGUAUAACUCUAUUAACCAGAUAAUAAAAAUAUUAUACAGGGUGUCCCAAAAAGAUUGGUCAUAAAUUAUACCACAGAUUCUGGGGUGAAAAGUAGGUUGAUUGAACCUCACUUACCUAUAUACCAGGGGUGGCCAAGCUCCUCGAUAGUCAGAGCCAUUUGUCAAAAUUUGAAAUUGUUCGCGAGCCGCAAUUAAACAAUUACCUGUGUACCAGUUUUUUACACCAAAAAGUGUAAAAAAUGUAUUACAUUUAUCUCUCACUGUUUGGAUUUCACGAUUUUUAAAGUGAAAUAAAAUGGUUCACGUCGUUAUUUCAAAUAUGCAAAUAAUUCUACAAGCAGCCUUUACUAAUUCAGGAUACUUCGAUUCUUCAUCAUCCUUCCAUCUUUUUCUGGGACGGCCUACUGAUCUUCUAUCGUCUCUCAAAAAACCCCGUCUUUAACACUCUGUCCAUCUUUUCUUAGCUUUUAUUAUGUCUGACGAUGUUUUCAGUACCAUACACAGUCACCAAUUCAGAUUUGCGGCGCCUUCUCCACUCUCCUGUCAAUUCAUCUCUUUGAGGGCCAAAUAUAAUUCUGAGAACUUUGUUUUCAUAUACCAGCAGCUUACUUAUUUCCCGCUGAUGUAGAGUCCAUGUUUCACUUUCAUAUGUAACAAUUGGGCAAAAAUUAACUGUACAGUCUUAAUUUAUAUUGUCUUUUUAGCAGAUUAGAUCUUAACAAUGAUGAUAGGGAGUAUAAUGCUUUAUUCCAAGCAGCCAUCCUUGCUGAGACCUCUUUUUAUAUGUGGCUGUCAUCUGUGAUUACCGCCCCCAACUAUUUAAACUUUUUUACUACUUCGAAGUUGUGGUCAUUAAUAUUUAUAUUCUGCCUAACUCUUGGUCUUGGAUUUUUGGUUACUAGCGUGUAUUUCGUCUUCCCUUCAUUUAUUCGAAGGCCCCGCGACUACCUGUUUCUUCCUCGAGUUGUGAAAACACCUCUCUCGCGUACCUACGUCUCUUGUAGAAUGAGCGACUGCACCUAUAUCAUCAGCAAAGGCAAACAAUUGUUUUGAUCCUCGAUUCGCAAAUCCUCCUGUCAAUUGAGAUUAUAUUUUACUUAUUACAUAUUCUAAGGCCAAAUUGAAUAGAAACAGUGAUAAUGGGUCUCCUUGUCGAAGUCCUGAUGUUACACUUUUAUAUUUGUUGUUAGUAAUUUAAGACAUUUUGAAACACAAAAAUUAAAAGUAGUUCAGGUACAUUUAUUGAAAGCCACAAAUAUUCCUUCAAAGAGCCACAUGUGGCUCGCGAGCCACAGUUUGGCCACCCCUGCUAUAUACAAUAGUGCACACACAAAAAGUUACAGCCCUUUGAAGUUACAAAAUGAAAAUCAAUUUUUUUUUCAUUAUAUCGAAAACUCUUCGAGAUUUUUCAUUGAAAAUGGACAUGUGGUAUUCUUAUGGCAUCAGCAUCUUAAAUAAAAAUUAAAGCAAAAUUUGUGUAUCCCAUAAAAAUUUUAUGGGGGUUUUGUUCCCAUUAACCCCCUCAAACUUUUGUAUUGUGGCACCAUUAGUUAAACACACUGUUUUUAAAACAUUUUGCCUCUUACGACUUUUUCGAUAAGCCAGUGCUUAUCGAGAAAUUUUGAAUAUUUAUCGAAUCCACCACAUCUUUGUAUAUGGUUAAGUACGAUUAUCCUCCUCAGUCCAUAGGUCCAGCCGGCUGGACAAUGUUUACUAAUUUAUUACACGGUUACUAUUCGGGUUGGGCAUCGCUGCAUCCUAUAUUGCAGCAUAUUGGACUUCCUAUUUAUCAGUCAAAUUUACUCAUUUGAAAAAUUCGACAACAGCGCCUACCUCGGUAGUUUGUUGUUACAUGUGGUGAAACUUUUUAAGUUAUGAUGGCGGCUCCACAAAAAUACAGUAAGUUGUAGUGUUUUUCUGUACUUUAAAGUAUUGAUUGUUUUUACUGUAUGUUACUUGAUGAUUGGACGUAUUUGUGGUAAAUAUAUAUUUGAAAAUAAUUACAACUGGACACGUUAGCGGUCCUCUAAACUUUUUGUCCAGCAUUUUGGACAUUGGGACUUAGUUAGCCAAAUAUGUUAGCAUACUCACAUUUUUAAGUUUAGUUACAGAUAGUAAAAGGAUAUUGAUGGAAAGUGCAUUGGAGGCUAUUUUGACGGAUAACGAUUUUUUCGUCAGUAAAGAUAGCGAUAAUGAUCAAAGGAAAUGGAUUUACAGGAAUUUAAGAUAUAUGUUGGAAGGUCACUAGCUGUAGGUGGUAAGCCUGCAAGUGGGAGACAAGCUAGUGCGUCUAUUUCAAGAAAACCGGAGACAUCUGAAGAUGAUUUGCCCAUAAUUCCUGUAAAAAGAUCUACAGUUUUCCAGUUACCGCCUAUAGAUGCCAUGACCAUUUGCCAAUAUGCUGUGUCAGCAAUAGAAAUUCUUAUCGCGUUGCCUAAACCUCUUGGAUGAACUAAGAAGAUGAGAUUCUUUGGUACAGAAUGCAAAAUGUAUAUGUGUAUUUCUCCUGAACCAGAAUGUUUUUUCAGUUUCAUACUUAAAUUAUAUGAAAGCUAAGUCCUGAUGUCCAUUAUGCUGGACAUGUCAUAUUAUGUUUGUCCAAUAAUUUUAUUAUAGUUUUUAUAGAUUUUCGUUUAUUGUUUUCACAAAUAAGGAGAGAAAAUAGAAAAUAUUGUUAAAAUAAUAAAAACUUUUUUCUUGGGGCUGAAGAGGUUAUAGAGACCUGUUAAUAAUCUGAAAAUGUAUUUAUAAUUUACAUUUUUAGGUAUAUUUUAAAAAAGAAGCAACAUCUCGAUAAAAGGUGACUUAUCAAAAAAAUACUAAGAGGCAAAAAGUUUUAAAAACACUGUAUUUAACUAAUGGUACCACAAUAAUAGUUUAAUUGGAACGUACCCAAACAUUUGGGGGGUUUAAAGUUCAAAGGAACAAAACACCCAUAACAUUUUUAUGUAAAUAUAUUAAAAAAGAAGCCACAUCUCGAUAAAAACUCGCGUAUCGAAAAAAUACUAAGAGCCAAAAAAGUUUUAAAAACAUUGUGUUUAACUAAUGGUACCACAAUAAUGAAUUAAUUGUAACGUACACAAACGUUUUAGGGGGUUUAAGGGAUUAAAACCCCCAUAAAAUUUUAUGGGGUGGACAAAUCUCACUAUAAUUUAGUUUUAAGAUGAUCCUGCCAUAAGAAUGAUGCAUAUCCAUUUUUAAUAAAAAAUCUUUAAUAGUUUUCGAUAUAUUGAAAAAAAUCAAUUUUCAUUUUGUAACUUCAAAAGGCUGUAACUUUUUUUAUGAGCACAUUUGUACUAAGGUAAGUUAGGUUCAAUCGACCUAUUUUGACUCCAAAAUGUGUGGUAUAAUUUAUGACCAAUCUUUUCGGGACACCCUGUAUAUUCUGUACUGCUAAAAUCACUUUUAAUAAAUAUUUUGUAAAUUUUUUGGUGUGUUAUCUGUAUUGUGUCACAACUACAAAAAUAUUUUUUUAAAUAAUUUUCGUACAUAAACUUAAUACCUACGCUAUUUUGUAGAGCACAAAUUUUAAACGUCAUUUUCUCGGUAGGUACUUUGCUUUUUGACUUAUGACACUGUUUGAUCGGAGGUGCGAUAUAUAAGUAUAUUUCAAUAAUCAAAAAAGUAUUUUCUGCAUGAAUGAAUAGGGUGUACAUGAUGUACAUAAUAUCUAUUUACAUUUUAUAAAUUAAUUAAUAAAUUAAUUUUUUUGGUAAAAUUGUGGCUUAUUUCCCAUUUAAAAUAGUUCAUUAUAAAAAUGCCACAAGGAAAUAGCUUCAGAACAAUAUUUACAUUUAGUUAUGAGUAGUUUUUCUACACCAAUAUGAAAUAUCUAUUUUUUGCCCUACUGAUAUUCAAUAAUAUCACAUGGAUAAAAAUAAAUUUUAUGUGCAAAGAAAUUUUGUACAAACUCUAUACGUCUAUUUUAGGUAUUUUUAUGUUUCCAUACUAAUAUUAAAAUAUAUUAUUACGUUUAUAAUGUAGAGUGAUACUUUUUUAGUUUUAUAACGUAUAUGCAUUUUUGUAAGCAGACUUUUUGAAAAUAAAGCAAUACAAAGCAUG